GGGCGCGCGCGUUCAGACCAUUAGUCCGUGUUUGACGUCGUUGGAGCGAUCGUGUCUGAAUGCGUGUUUUCGGUUUGGUUCUAAUUAUUUUCGUUUUCGUUUCGCGUAAAUAAUCGUAACAUAAUAUUUUAAUCGACUCGUCGCGUAACUGCGUAUUUUUUUUAAAAAUUAUUUAAUUGUUUUUUGUUUUUAAAACGAUUGAUUGAAAUUUGUAAUAAUAUACUCUUACUUCUUAGUUUUGUUUUUAUUAAUUUUCCGACGUUUUUAUUUUUUCACUCGACGUGUGUUCAUUAUUUUAAUUAUUUUAAUUGAUUCGUGUUUGUACCUAAACACACUGCAAAACUAUUUUAUUUAUAUGAGUGCAACCACGAGCAUAAUGAAAGGUCGUCGACAAUAACAGUUACCCUCGAGAAGACUUCUAUUUUAGCCGAAAAAGCUGCAGCGAAACGUAGAUUACUAUCGUGUUUACGGUCCGCAACAUCGCGAAAUCAUUGACGCCAUUCUCCUAAAUUCUUCUAAUCAGAUCGUAUUAUAUGAAUUGGUAGUUGUGAAGAGUCUGAUGGCAAAGCAGCAAUGAUGUCGAUCAAUUUGGUUUGGCUGUGUUCUUCCCUACUGGUGUUGUUGGGUUACAAAUGGACCGACGCUACAGACCUAUCUCAAUGCAUGUCGGCACUCGGCAUGCAGUCCGGAAUGAUAAAAGAUGAAGAUUUAACCGCUAGUUCUUCUUUCGAAAUUGGAAAUGUUGGACCGCAGAACGCCAGGGUACGCACAGAAAGAGAAGGGGGUGCUUGGUGUCCAAAAGAGCCGGUCACUAGGGAACCCACUGAAUGGCUUGAAGUCAAUUUACACGUGGUAAGAGUGAUCACGUCUGUGGAGACUCAAGGCAGGUUUGGCAAUGGACAAGGUCAAGAGUUCACUGAAGCGUUUCUGAUUGACUACUGGAGACCAAAGCUUGGAAAAUGGGUCCGAUACAGAAACAUCACUGGACACGAGAUACUGAUCGGCAACAUCAACACGUACUUAGAACACAAACAAGAACUGAAUCCUCCGAUUUGGGCGUCGAAAAUUAGAUUCUUGCCGCACAGCUACCACACCCGACAGGUGUGCAUGCGAGUCGAGCUCUACGGAUGCCCGUGGACAGAUGGCAUUCUUAGUUACUCGAUGCCGCAAGGUGAUAAACGCAGCCCAGAAUGGGAGUUCUAUGAUUCCACGUACGACGGAUAUUGGGACGACGAAUUGCAAAGAGGUCUUGGACAACUGACCGAUGGCAAAGUCGGUCAAGAUAAUUUUAGAAUGGGAUACUAUGACACCGAAAGAGGUCAAGGAUGGGUUGGUUGGAGAAAUGAUACGAGGAAUGGUCAAGCGAUCGAGAUCAAAUUUGAAUUCGACAAGGUCCGAGAGUUCACCGGGGUUCAUAUAUAUUGUAACAAUCAGUUUCAAAAAGAAGUACAGGUGUUCUCCGAAGCGAGCAUUUUAUUCAGCGUGGGAGGAAAAGUUUACUCGUCGGAACCGUUGACAUACACGUACAUGGAAGACAGAAUAUUUGAAUCGUCCAGGAAUGUCAGCAUUAAAUUACACAGGAGAGUCGGUCGUUUCAUUAAACUUAGACUGUCUUUUGCCGCCAAGUGGAUUAUGAUCAGCGAGAUAACAUUCGAUUCUGAUGUUGCACAAGGUAAUUUCUCCGAAGAAAGUGUUGUGCCGCCAGAGCCGCCUAUUCAAAGGAACGGUUCUACAAUGAAAGAUCAUCAGGAUCCUCUGAGACCGGAACUUCCAAUCCCUACUGCCAAAGACGAAGACCAGACGUACAUGGCAGUCAUUAUCGGCGUGCUGAUGGCCGUCAUCAUACUACUGGCGGUCGCCAUUUUCCUAAUCGUGUCCCGACACCGGAGGAGGAAGUGCUUCGCCAGCCCGUUGGUAGGCAAAAGCGCACUUGCCACGGGCAACGGGUGUCCUGGAAUGUCGUCGGGUAGCAGCUGCGGCACGGGCGGCAGUUAUAAGGAAGCCGGCACGGGCAGCUCGGCCAGCCACCACGGCGGCACCGGCCACGGACAUCCGACCGGCACCGUCAACGCUCACCUGCAUGACAUGGACAGGCUGAUCCAACUGGACGCUGAGCCGUACCAGGAGCCUUAUCACGCUCAUACGCCGUUCUACAGUUACAGUACCGUAGUAGUCGGCCGCAACGUGGAUUCAGGCAACUCAGCGUACGAAUACGCCGUGCCCGAGACCGGAACCAUGCCAUUACUCACCACUUCGCCACCGCCACCACCGCCACCGUCAGCUCCUCCUAUAGCUCCUGUCACGACCGACACGUUUGCCAGGAACAAAAUGUAUCCAACAGACGAAAGCAGAAGUAGUAAAAAAUCUUCGCAAAAACAAGAAUCUCAAACCGCAUUGAAACGCCGGCUCGAACAAACGCCUGUGCCCGAAUUCCCACGGCACCGUCUGCGUAUGUUGUCCAAACUCAGUGAGGGUAAUUACGGAGCGAUUUAUGUGGCCGAAGCGGACGGUAUAAAUGAAUACAACUCGAAAAUGACGCUGGGUAAGCGACUGGUGGCCGUAAAAUUUUUCUCACCCGCGUUAUCCGAAAAAGAAAGAGCUGAAUUACAAAAUGACGUAAGGAUUUUGGCCGGUCUGGAAGAUCAAAACAUCGCCAGAGUGCUGGGCGUGUGUACCUCCGAACAGCCACUAUGCGUAGUCAUGGAAUAUAGCGAGCACGGCGACCUCAAUCAGUUUCUCAAGACACACGUACCCGUCGAAGCUGCUCGGAACCUGCCGCCCACUGUGAAAACCCUCAGUUUCCAAUGUCUGCUGUAUCUCGCAACACAAAUAGCGUCUGGAAUGCGUUACUUGGAAUCAUUGAACUUCGUCCACCGUGAUUUGGCUACCAGAAACUGCUUGGUGGGUAAAGCGUACAAGGUAAAAAUUAGCGAUUUCGGCACCGACAACGAAGCGUAUUCGGCAGACUACUACAAACUGGACGGCAACCUCGGGCUUCCCGUUCGAUGGAUGUCGUGGGAAUCGGCGUUCUUGGACAAGUACUCGACGAAGAGUGACGUAUGGUCGUUUGCCGUGACCCUCUGGGAGAUCCUGCACCUGGCCAAGUCGCGGCCGUAUGAAGGGUUCUCGGACCACCGGGUGGUGGAGAACCUGUCGCACAUGCACGUGGACGACGGCCUGUUCGAGUACCCGCCCCGGCCCGCGUGCAGCAGGGACAUCUACGACCUGAUGCGCGAGUGCUGGAAGCGGCAGGAGUCGGACCGACCCACGUUCCGGGAGAUCCACCUGUUCCUGCAGCGCAAGAACCUCGGCUACGCGCCCGCCGCCGCCGCGUCAUGACGGUCCAGCGGUGGCGACGGCAGUCGGCGCGAAGGAUGGCCGUUCGUGCUCCGGCAAAACGCGUCCUAUCUGCCCGGAUGCGACGCAGACUGAACGACGACGGAUCACGGCCGUGGCGACGGGGGGGUGGACGACUCCUCUCUCCGAGGACGCUCGCCCCCGCGCGUCUGACAAUUUACUGUUUCGACAAUCUCUGAUUUUGGCGCGCGAGUUUUAUACAAUAUAUAAUAGCUCGUGUGCGUCGUUUGUUUGUUCAUUAAAAUAAUACUGUUUGUUUUUAUCUUUUAUCUAUCUGUUCAUUAACUGACGUCUCUGUAAAAUGAUAAUUAUAGACAUCGUAUAAUAUAUAUUAUAUUAACGAGUCUCGACACCUUACUAUCUCAUAUAAUACCUAUCGCAUACCCCUCCCCCCCCUCCCGCGUAUUAGUAAUCUAACGAACCAAAUGUACUGUCCCUCGUUCUUACCGGUCGACGUACACUAUUCGGUGGGUCGCGUGCCUAGUUCGUACGGUAUCUGUUUUUUGUUAUCGUGUACAUACAAACCAACGUUAAAAUUAUUUAUAAAUAUUGUAAAUACUGUAAACGCUAUGUAUAAUAUUAAUAUAGACUGAUAGGAAAAUAGGCAAUAUCCACCGUACGAAUAUCGCGCCCGGCGUGUCUUCUCUUAGCCGCCAUCGUUCAAUCAACGGCAUUGCGCGCAAAUAUACGUAUAACUCUAUAUUAAGUGUAUCAUAUAUUAUAAUAAUAUAAUAUUAAACAGUAAAUACGAGCUUGUGCGGGCGUAAUCAUUUUUAUAUAACUGCACUGUUGCUUGUUAUUUUAGAAUCUUCUCGUCGUGAUUAAAACGUCUCUGUUAUAUGCAUUAAACGUUUUUGUGUAAAACGCUGAUAAUCGAAUGAAUUAACAUAUCCGCUAUUUCCGUUUUAAUCGCUUAUAUUAUAUUUAUUAUGGCGAUUCUAGUGGAGAUGUAGUUUGCCUAUAUAUAUAUUGUAAUAAUAUUGAUAUUAUUACAAUAUUAGACGUGUAUAAAAUUUGGACGGUUGAUUUUGUCUCUCGUCCUUCGCAGCUCCUCUCAUCAAUCGCUCGAUGUUAUCCUCAAAUGUUCAGACAACCGUCGAAAAUACAUAUAAUAAUUGCAAUAAUGUACUACCUAAGUUGUUAAGAAAUUUAAAUCAUUACAUUUUAAUAUUGUACAUAUAGAAUCAUUAAAUCAAUCAUAUAUAAUAACUAGUCAAGCCUUUUUGUAUUUUAUUUUUAUUUUUUACUCAAGACGAAUAAUGUGUACAUAAAUAAUUAAUUGUUCGGCUAAUGUACAAUAUUUUACACCUGUUUAAAGCAACCUGUAUUAUUAUAUAAAUAUUUUUUUUUUUUUAUAGAUUGUGAUAUUUAAGUUACUUUAAAAAUGUGACACUUUUAUAUAGUACACUCUAGAUAUUAUAUUAUUAUUAUUAUUAUAAUUAUUACAGUAUGUAAAAUGUUUAUUGUUAAUUCAUUAACUUACUCGUUUUUGAACAUUGUAUAUAUUAUUUAAUUUUGAUUUAUUUAUGAAAUGUACACAACAUAUUUUAUAUUUCGACAUAUCAUUUAUUUUGUUUUUGCAAACAUUUUGAAAAAGAGAAACCACCGCUUGACCCGAAUUUAUUUCGUGUCAAAACUUAUUCCCAUCGCAAUAACAAUAUAUUAUAUAUAUGUGUAUGUGUGCAUAUAAUAUAAACUAUAAUACUGUGUA